AUGAGCUGGGAACAGACAACAGAUUUUGCUCUAAAGCACAAGUACAUUAUUCUGGUGUUUGUGGAAGCAGCGGUGGGAUGGGCAGUGUUCCAAUGGAUUCUUUUCAAGCUUCUUGGAAUAUCCGUAGGAAUAAUAGACCCUUUAAGAUUACGAGUUCGCUCGCUGCGGUUCCGUGAAAUAUUGAGAAUCAGGUUUGUGUAUUACUCUUUAUGGAACCAUGGAAUAGUUGUCCACGGGCUUCAACUUAACUUGCCCUACAAAAGGCAGGUCAAAGAGUCUGCCAAAAGUAAUAAGCCUAGCCCUAAAAAUUACUUUAGCGUACCGCGCUGGGCACAAUGGCUCAUCAUAAGAUUUCUCAAUCUUUUCAAAGAAUACAACUUUGUUUUAGAAAAGAUCGAGAUUAACGGGGUUUAUGUCGAGCUCUUAACUGCAAAGCUAGUGGGUAAUCGCGAACAUAUGAGGGUUUCAAUUUAUAUGAAGGAUGUGACAAAAACAGAUAUCAUGAAAUGUGACGGGACGCUUUUGGAAUUCUCAGGUAGAAUUAAUUUUCAGCAUCCCAUUCUUCCUUUGGAAGACAUGUCAAUUGAUAUCAAGUUGAGAGACGUGUCAAUUUCUUAUGAUCAACUCACGAAAAGCAUCGAGUCAGCUUAUCAGCAAAAGGCAGCUGAGCGCAGUGAAGCUCCAGCUAACGAGUCACACAAAGAUCAUUUUCAGACAAACAUGCAACCCGUUACGACUGGCGAGUCAAUUGAGUACAUCAAGUCGCUAUUGCUCAAAGCGAGUGAUUUUGUCACAAUGUUCGAUAGGUUUUAUGUUGCGCUUGACACUGUGUGCCUAGCUGACAUCCCUUUCACAAGACACCCUGAGCUUCGAAAAACUGCUGAUCAUCUCAAGUUUAAGGUCGAUGCUUCAAACGUGACAUUAUCGAUUAAUAGGCUUAAGGUUGGUUCGCCGGGCUUUAAAUUACUUUUUUCUCCUGGCGAUAGCCCUUUGAGCCUCAAAAGCACUAUAUCUUCUAUCGCUUUCAGCUCAUCACGGGUCGAGGAUGAUAAAGCGCUAAGCUCCAAGCCAUACAACUUUUGUGAGAUUCCUAGCGUUUCGCUCUAUGGAGACACUAAUUUACUAUCCCUAAGGUCACUCGAAGAAGAUGGCAACCCCCUCAACACAGUACUGAAACUCGUUGGUCAUGUGUCGUCCCCAGUUGUCGAUUUCGAGAUUUCUCAACUUUCUUUCAUGAAAGCAUUUAAGGAUAACUUGAAGGUAUUUCAAUCGUUGUUAUCCGAUGAUAUCACUGUCCCGGUGGUGGAGAGCAGAUACGAGCAGACGUUGAAGAGGAAGCAGGCUGUGGCAUCGUAUUUUCAGCAUAUCUUACCCAUGAUUGAAUCAAAGGUUACCAUUGAGGACCCAAUGAUUCUUAUAAGCGACGAUUGUGAGCUUUUGGUUCAGAAGUGCUCAAUUUUAUCAAUCCAAACAAGAUCAACAAAGUAUGCUUUAGGAGGAGAGCAAAAAAAAGAGGAGGUUUUCUAUAAACUACGGAACUCCGUCGAAAUGACUGAUUAUAACUUUACUUAUCAAGAUAAAGUUCGAAAAUUUGAGCACCAAAUCUUGGCCAUCGACAGUGUUUCAAUGUUGAGUUUUUCUCAACUAAUCCCAAUUCCACUAGUAGGAUGUACUAUUAAUGUUGAUGUAUUCAAUUUGGAUUUGUCCGAGCUAUCGACUUUAAUGGCAUUGAACAAAAUAUUCAGAAAGACGAACUCUAAAAUGUUGUUGGUUGAGGAUGAAUACUUCGAUGAUUUGUAUUGCAAGUUCUCUGAGAUGCUUGAGGCAGCAGCGCAGAAAGGCUCCAAGCUAGAUUUUCAGUGCAAUGAAACUGAUGAUUGUCCUACGUCUCUGUUGUUCAAACCUCUACCUUCAUUCUUUGAUGGGAUUCGAGGAUGCGUUUGUGGCGUCUCAAUUACUGUCGGGGCCCGCUCAGUCUUCAUGUCAAAAGAUGUCCUCACUGAUUUGCGACCUCAAAGCCCCGAGGACUUGGUCAAUGGAGAGUUGAGAAAGAUGUCUCAUAGCGUUGAGAAAGUCAGCUUUUACCUGAGCAGCAGCAAUAGUGCAGCGCCUUCCAUGAAUGAUGUCGGAGGCUCUGACGAUUCUACACUGGCAGAAUCGGCGAAAAUGUUUUCCUAUGAUGAACUUGGGCUUGAAGAUAGUAAUUCGAGUUUUUCGAGCAGCAAGGAUUGUGUAUGGCUUUUUCGCUGCGUUUUCCAGGAUAUGGUCACAACAUUAUACUCCGAAAAAAGAACGAAACGGCAGGCGCUUUGUGCAAAGACAAUAUGCAAACUUCCUGAGUUCGAAGCGUCUGUCUAUCCUAGCGGACCCUUGGAUGAGAAAGGAGAGGUUGGUUCGAAUAAAAUCCUCACACGUUUUGGUUUCAGUGAAUGCGAAAUGAUGUUUUCUCUGAUGACGCUAUUUUUGGUUUUUUCAGCAAUUCACACCUUUCGACAGACCUUCGCGUCUGAUGUUAAUAAGCAUGGCAGAGACUCGAAGGCCAAAAAGCACCUAGCAUUAGAUCUUCGCAAGCCAAGCCAAAAAUCUCCCCUAUCACGCUUAAUUAAAACGGACACUUUGGACGUUUUCCAGGUCGAUUUUAACGCAAAAGCUCUUAACAUGGUAAUAAUUUUACCUAAUGGCGUAAAAACAAGGCUCGAAAUGUUCCAAACGAGCCUCGGCUGGGCGAACAUAUCUGAAAUCUCUCUUCAGGGUCACUUUUUGAGAUUUUGCGUUGAGUCCCCCCAGAUAACCAACACAUGGGUAAGGAUGGCAACUGUCGUAAACUUUAAAAUUGAAGGUGAUAUAUAUCACAUCUUUGAGCAGAUACAAAAGCCUCCAGAAGGCACACCGAAGCCCUCAGUGGUCCUAUCAAAUGAGAUGUGGCAUUUCAAUAUCCCUCAUGGAUUUGCGAUGUGCCGAAUAAUCGAUAACAUAACAACAACUGCUAAGAGUAUAAAACAAAUGGUUCACUCUUUGAAAACAUCAGAAAGGGACUCUGUGAUUCACCCGCACGUUUCAAAUCCGGUUCUUUUCCCAGUAAUUACGCUUAAAUCUUACCGGUGGAUUUUUAGUGUUGAGGAUGACGCUUUUGAGUCCCAACUGGGAAUGAUUUUCCAGGUUGGCCUUGAGGAGCAACGUUCUCGUAUUGAAAAGUACAAUCUGUUUGAAAGAAGCAUCGCUAAGGAACUGUCAACAAGACAAAAAGGGCUUGAAAGACGUGAAACAACUUUAGUCAACUUGAAAGAAAAAAGUGAUCAAGAUCACGCUCCAGAAGACAAAGCUCCUUCUAGAAACAACAGCGAAUCCAUGUUACCACGCCAGGGCGUCGAAUGGGCGACGCAGGAAUCAGAUCGUUAUAAAGAGUACCACCAGUUCCUCGAAAAUGCAGAAACAAGAGCAAAGGAAUUUUAUGCUCUACAAAAACAAAUAUCAUUGUCAUGGAUUAGAAGGAUACAAUCGUUCAAAAUGAAGGAACGGAUUGACUUCAGCAAGAACUUUGAAUAUUUAUGGGGUAAGAUUAACCCCAAUUGCUUCCCUCCGGGUGCCAAUAAAAAGAUAGUUGCAUUUUUAUCUUCGCCGCCUUUAAUGAAUAUGAUCAUUGAACGAAUCAAUGUUACAAUAUCGCAGCCCUCAUUUGGCAUUGAAAAGGUGCCUGAUUUUAUCAAUGAUGUUGGAAAGGGUGUUCCGAGAGAGACAAAGUACUCAAUCAUGGUUCCUAUGCACCUUAAUGCUGAAUUUGGGGAAAUUAGAAGCCAUUUGAAAGAUUACCCGCUUCCUUUCGUUCAUAUACCGGACUUUACCGACUCGCAGUCUGAUGCCGAUUUUGUCCCAAUCCACAUUCAUGGUGAUAUCAUAAUUUCAGAAGAUAAACUUUGGUCUGAAAAGGAAUUGCGGACUCUCUUUGUUCCCCUAGUGCCAUCCGCGACACUCGAAAACGAUGACGAACUAUACUCCAUCCUUGUUCCAAGAACUUUAACGGCUAUUAAGACAUAUACAAGCUUAGAAUUUGAGCUCAAUUCCGAAGAAACAACAAUGGUAACUUGGAAUGGGUCAUAUUCACCUGCCAUACAGCAAGUCAUGCAAUGCUUUGAGAACUUUUCAAAACCACCCAUCGAUCCUUCGCCUAAAUUAGGAUUUUGGGAUAAAAUUCGUGAAACUUUCCACGCAAGGGUUGCAGUUAAAUGGAAUCGCGGCGGGCAGUUGAACGUUGCUUUAAAAGGUGGCAAAAGUCCUUACAUGAUGGGAGGUGAGUCUGCUGGAUUCAUUGUCGGGCUCAAAGGAAAAGUCGCAGUUGGUUGCAACAAGAGCGAUGACUCGAAAAAAUUUGUCUCUUUGGCUUCAGAUGAGAUCUUCUUUUCAAUUCCAAACUACUUUGCAAAGCCAUUAUUCUCAUGGUCCAGCAGUAGUAAGAACUUCUUUUUCUUUCCAAGCUACGAUAACACAAAUCUUCAACAACACGCUUUUUUUUACCAUCUUAUCGAUCUUCCAGACGCGAACAGUUUAUCUCAAGAUAUGAAAGUAAUGCGCGAUUCAUUCUUUGAAAAAACAGCUAUAAGGCUAACUGGCGGAAUUACUCUUAAUGUGGGCAUUGUAUUUGAGAGAAUGAAAAACGGACGUGAUUGUAGAACGCUGGAAUCCAAACCCCAUUGGGAAACGCGUUUGUGUAACCCUGUUUUCGUCAAGGAACUUUCCAAGCAUGACUCAUUCGGUGGCUUCCGAAGCGAUUUCAUUCACCUGUCAUUUACCCUUCUUUCAAGCAACGAGAAUGCUUACAACGUUUUGCAGCUUACUCCAGGCGGCUUCAAGACUUUUUUUGGCUGGUGGAAAAGUUUCUCAGGAAUUUUACCCGUCCGGCGCGGGCCCUUGUUUGGCAUGGAUAGCAUGAGUCCUAAGUUUGGUCUCCAUCUUUAUACCAUAUCCUAUCAUGCAGAUGUUGCUCCGCUUUUUAUUAGUCAUAUUCAUAAUGUUUUCGACUUAAACAGUGAUGCAAGGAAGAAAGACGGCCAGUCGACUGAUUUUGUGGGUUUAAAGGCCAAGACGGAACAUUUUGUGAUGGACCUGCAUCAAAGAAGAGAGGUGAUGCAUGAGUACAAACCUGUUUUAGAGACAACAAAAAAGAAUUCGAAGUUAGCUUUCAACGGUGGCGAUGUAUCAACGUUUGAAAUAGACGUAAGAACAGUCAGGGCCCAAUUCAAGGAAAGUUCUUCGGUAGAUAGGGAAAGCUCAUUAUUUGAGAUCUCCGAUGAUGAUAUGACUUGGUUUGAUGUUGCUGAUUUUAAGGAGGUUCACUGCGAUAGCUUGGAGGACCGCAUACCUUCAGUAUCUAUUGACUCGUUGGUGUACUCUCCCAAAUUUGUUUACAGAAAGCACGCCAGCUAUGGUGAUAAGUAUCAAGUUGAUUUCGAGACCUGUGAGAAAAUUGAGCCUUUUCAGAACUCUAACUAUCAUGACUGCUCAUUACACGAUAAUGUGCGAUCGCCAGUAUACCUGAUUGAUAACAGGCUCAAAGCUUUGGAGGCUAAACGUAAAGAGGUCGAAAAUCAAAUUAAUGAAAUUUCCACUGAGAGUGGUAAAAACAAAAGGGACUUGAGUCUUAAGUUAGGGAAGAUAAAGGAGGCGAUUUCUCAGGUUUCCAAGCUUUUGACCGAUUUUGAGGAGUUUGAAGAUUACGAUGUGACUGAACAAGGUGACGUUUCAGCAUCAAACACUAGUAAUGAAAAAGACAACGAUUAUGCAGAAUGUGAGUGGCUAACAAAGAAGUCAUUUUCAAAAACUUUUGAACAUCGCUUUUUCAUAUUCUGUAUGUUUUUGAAAUGGAACGAAACGGUCAGGGAUACUGUUUACAGUUACGUUCACCUGAUCGAUUUGAAUAGGGAGUUUGCUUACAUUACAAACCAUAAAGCUGUCCAGAAGCUCGAAGAUUUCCUCAGAGACAACGCAGAUGAAAACAUCAAGAAGUUGUCGACAAAUGAAACGUCUAAACAUGAAAAAACGCCAAGCUUAAUGAAUGAGUCAGUCAGGAGCUUGGAUGCUAAUGAAGACAUCCUCUCGGUUUUUGAGGAGGGACUAAGGACUUUAAAUGCUGGUUUCGAUUACAUCACACAUGACAAUCAUGUAGUACAGUUUAUUGCUCCUCAAAUCCAGCUGACAACAACCAGGAAAUCCGAAGUAUGCACGAUGAUUACAGCACCCAGCAUAAAACUCAAGACCAUAGGUUUUGACACGAACACUACUGAAAACGAGAACAAUUCUGAUGUGUUCAUGAACCGCUACAGUGUAGCUCUGCUAAAGGCAAACGUCUUUGUAUUUCAUAAGGACAAUUUCGAAAAUUACCACGACGUUUUCUUUAGUUCAGAGGGAUAUGACCAACUCAAAGGUGAUAAUUGGCAGCCGUGGUUGGGUGUUGAGCUGUGCUUUGAUUCUAAGGCCUUAGUUAAUGACGCACUGAUCAGGGAUCUCUCCGGUAUUUUUAGGUUCGACAGGGUAUUUUCUUUCGCGAAUAUUUCUAGUUCAGGAGACACAAAGCUAGAGAAUCGCAUGAUUUGCCAGCUUCCAAGAACCAUUAUCAGCUCCAAUUCAAGGCAAUAUUUGGCUCUUUAUGACGUUGUCACUCAUCUACUUAUUUAUGUUGAGCCAAAGAGCGCCCAUCUGAGAAAGGAAGUGGAAAAGCUUAUGUUGAGCUAUGAUUCGACUAACAUUGCACAUUUGAAAAAGGUUGCCAUGGACUUGCAGCAAAAGGUAGUAGCUCUGAAUUUAAUUGAAAAGGAGCUGACAUUUAGGCGCCCUAUCCUGGAAGCUGACGGAAUCGAUGACCUGAAAACAAUUCGCAAAAACAAAAACGAAUCAUUAAUUGGGUUGUACAUUUUGAUGAAGGUUUUGAAUACAGGAAGUCAAGAACAAGCGGCUAACGAUCAGAGAAUGUUAUGGGACCUUGAAGCCAAGGAGAUAAUUCUACAUAUGUUGCAUGAAGAUGGCGGUCCAUUCUUAGAUGUUGCGUUAGCCAAGUCAUUUUUCCAGCGUAUUCAGUCGUCCUAUGGUUAUAACAGCAAUAGAGUGGUGAUUGGGAUUGCGCAAAUAUUCAAUCUCGAUCGAGAUGUCUUGUUUCAUAGCUUAAUGAGCCCCUCAGAAGGAAGAAAAGGAGAACUUGAUCACGGGCUGUCAAAGAAGCCCAUGAUUGAACUCGAAUGGGAAAUAGAAAGACCAGUUGGUGGUAUGAAGGUUAUCAAAAACGCCAUCUCGGCGUUCCAAGGGUUAGAUAUCAACGUGGAGCAGGAAACCCUUUCAAAAAUAGUUAAAUGGGUUUUCCCUAGUGAAAUCGAGCAGUACAUCGAUGGCCCUCAAAAACAGGCCUCAGCGAAAGAAUCAGAUGAUGAUGUCACGAGCAGUAUGUCAGGACAACAAAGCUUGACCAUUGGGGAAAUUAAUGACGACCCACAAUCAUCUCAACCAGACCCACAGGAUGUUAACGAAAUGUUCAAAAGAUCAUCAGAUUAUAUGGUCAUUGACAGGAUGGUGGUUAACAGUUUUGUUCUCACUAUUAGCUAUCGUGGCCAUGGCGCCAAAAGGCUCAUCAAUGUUACACACUUUGGGUUCCUUUUCCCGCAUCUUACGAUCAUUAAUCAAACCAUGAGGAUGGUGGAUUUAGUCAUGGUUCUUAAGCAAGUUAUUCUCAAGUCGCUUCUUAAGCAUGCUGGGAAAUUCCUAGGCAACAAGCUGAAAAAGCACAAUGUUCGAGUCGAUUCUCCUGGCCCUCAGCUGCAACAGCUUUCGAGUUACCGCACUUUUACGAAUGUUGAUGAUCUGAAAGUCAAGGGUCCUCAAAAGAAGACUGUUUCGGAGCAUCAAAGCUCGACCCAGUCUCCCUCGGAAAAUCAAAGUAAUGACCAAGGUUACGCUGUGCCUGAAAAAAAUGCACAUGAAGGCUAUGUCCAUCAAGAGAAAGCGAUUGAAAAACCACCUGCUAAAGGGCAAGAUGCGUCUGAAGAGCCUCAAAGCUUUUCGAACAUAGAGGAAGAGGCCAGCAAACACGACCAAAAAUCGCUGAAAAUAGGCCAAGUCUCUGGCCUGAGCGUUCAUGAAAAUAAGAAACACCAUGCGCGGACACAAGAGAUAGAACAAAACCAACAAGAACAAACUGCCAUCAAGGAUAGGGCUUCUUCAGGCAAGGAACUUGAUUGGCUGCAAAACCAUAACACCAGCCAAAAUAAAAAGCGCAGCAGCACCGUUCAGGGUGAAAAACACAACAGGGAAAAAGAGCAAGUUCCAAUAGAAAAAAGUCACAGCUUAGAUUGA